AUGAAUGAAAGCACGGUGGUGCAGAGUAUACGAGAAGGGUUCUAUAACAGUUUCUUGCUUGCGGGGACCUCCAGCUCCACUCCACUGGUGGAUUCAUCCGAUGGACCAAAGAUAGCUACCGAACGAAAUAGUAACAAUAAUGACGAAAUCGACGACGUUGAAGAUGAAAGUAAUGGACCAGCCGAUAAUGGGCAAGUUGCACGAGCCGCGACGGUAGAAGAUGAAAGUGGUGAGUUAAUGAGAAGUUCCGUGCUUAGCUCCCUGCCAAAUUCGAAAGAAAAUGAACAGAAUCCAGAUCCGGGAUCCGGGAUGCUGCUCGCUGACGAGGAUUUGAUAGGCUCACGUGGCAUGGUGCGCGAACAGUGGCAGGCAGUUCUGCUGGGCCAAGAAGCAUCAUUGGCUGAACUAGACAAGGCAAUUGAGAACUGUAAAGCGCUUGUUCAUACCAAAAAGACGCACGAUGAGGACGACCGAAAUUGGCUGGUACGAUACUUGAUCGAGUUGCGUUAUCGUCGCCGGGAGCUUCUAGACGUCGAUCGUGAUCCGGCAGCGAUUCUCGCCGACACCAAAGUCAUACUGGGCCAUCACUUUUCUCGGCGGGGACAGCAUACACAAUUAAUACAGCAACCAAUUUAUUGUGACCACUGUUCGUGCAUAAUUUGGAACUCGGUAGCAUCGUAUGUUUGCAGUGAUUGUUUCUUUGCCGUGCACGAAAAAUGUAUCCGGAAGGUGCUCCGCAUCUGUGCUCACGUCGUUACGACCGAACACAGUGCCCCGAUCGAAAGCAUUUGUCCCGAGAUAGGGCUGGCGUUUCAGCGUUAUACUUGCGCCGAAUGCGGCACGCAAAUGACUUGUCAUGUUUCCACUCCCGUUAGAUGCUUCGGAAUGGAGUUCAAAGCCAAAAAACUCAACUCUUUUGAACCACGGCUUUGCGACUAUACUGGACUUUACUACUGUACGAUGUGCCACUGGAACGAUACGAGCGUAAUUCCGGCACGGGUGGUGAACAAUUGGGACUUCGUGCCGCGCAAGGUGUGUCGUGCUUCAAGCCAACAAAUUGCUCUGCUACUUCUCCGGCCCAUUGUAUGCUUGGAGGAAAAGAAUCCACGACUCUUUGCGUUUGUUCCAAAACUCGUGGAUGUGAAACGGAUUCGCGAACAAAUUGGAGCAAUGAAGCAGUAUCUUACGACAUGCCGGUUAGCCGAUGAAGCGGGAAUCGUAGCAGACCAACUUGGUGAGCGGCGCUAUUUGAUGCAAACGGUUGAAAAGUAUAGUGUUGCGGAUCUAGUAGGAGUGGAAGAUGGAUCCUUACUUAUUUUUCUACAGUCGGUACACGCAGUCUUUGAGCAACACAUUCGGAACUGCUUGAUUUGUUCUGGAAAAGCGUACAUAUGUGAACUGUGCAACAACGAUGCUUUACUAUUUCCCUUCGAUAUUUGCGUGAUGAGCUGCGCGAGCUGCAACACCGUUAGUCACAGGGAUUGCUACAUGCGGAAGGACAAGCAGUGUGCCAAGUGUGCUCGUUUGCGCAAGCGUGCACUUCAGACAACGAAAGCCCUGCAAGAUAUUGAAAAUGGCAAUUAAUUUUCGAGAGAAUCUUUUGCAUAUAUCCCGAAACUCAU